AUGUUCGGCGACUUCUUCGACCGGAAUGAGAAGCCGUACGUCCAAGCCACGGACCCCGUGAGGACGCAACUCACCUUCGAGGAAGCCUUGGAGGAAUACAAUGGCAUGAAUGCCAGCAAGAUGAAUGUGGUCUUCUUCAAGGAUGCUCAGGAACACCUUGCCCGUGCUGCGAGAAUCAUUCGCCAACCACGAGGCAACGCCCUGCUUGUGGGCGUCAGUGGCGUGGGCAGGAAGAGUCUGGCAAGAAUGGCUGCGCACAUGGCCGAGUUCGCCUGCAGCUCCAUCGAGAUCACGCGCACCUACGGUGUGAACGACUUCCGUGAAGACUUGAAGCGAAUGAUGAUGGACGUGUUGAAGAGCGAGGGGAAGGGCUUGGCUUUCCUCUUCUCGGACACGCAGAUUGUCAAGGAGUCCUUCCUGGAGGACAUCAACAAUAUUCUCAACACCGGCGAGGUCCCGAACCUCUUCCAGGCUGAUGAGCAGGAGCAGGUGAUUGGCCUCACGAGGCCCCUGGCCAAGGCAGCCGGGAAGGUCGACGCUCGCGAUGUUCUCUGGCAGCACUUCGUCCAGGUGGUUCGGGAGGGUUUCCACAUCAUUCUGGCGCCGGGAGCCGAGGGCGGCGUGCUUGCAGAGGAGCCGGGCCUGGCGGAAGCGUUGGCCAUGCGUGUCCGUGGUGUGGAAGUGCACUCUUUCCACGCCAACACCCUCAUCGGCUCUUUGAAGAGGGCUGGGCACUGGCAGCGUGCUUGCCGCCUUCUUUUUCAAAUGCCUGAGCUGCAGCUGCUGCAAGACCAAGUCUCCUUCAACUCCGCGCUUGGGGCAUGCGCGGCCGCGACGCAGUGGCAGCAGGUCUUGGCGAUGUUGGCGCUGAUGUCUCCCUCCUCCGUGACUCCAGACUUGAUCUCCGUCAAUGUCGCGAUGAACGCCUGUGGCAAGGCUUCUUUGUGGACGUUGUCGCUGGAUCUUUUUGGCCAGCUCUGCGGUGCAGGCUUGACACCGAACAAGAUCAGCUAUGGAACUGUCAUCUCUGCAUGCGAGAAGGGCAGCCAAUGGGACCUGGCUCUGUCGCUUCUCAACGAGAUGCCACGUCAGAAGCUGACUGCAGAUGUGGUUGCCUUCAAUUCUGCCAUCAGCGGCUGUGAGAAGGCCUCGUUGUGGCAACAAUGUCUGGCGAUGUUGGUGCAGAUGCCCGAGCAGCGGCUUUCCCCUACGUGUGUUAGCUUCAGCGCAGUUAUCAGCGCUUGUGGCCGCGGAGCCUUCUGGGAGGCGGCCUGCCAUCUGCUGGCUUUGAUGCGUGACAUGUCGGAAGCUCCGAAUGUUGUAACCUACAAUGCUGCCAUCAGUGCCUGUGAACGAGCCCGUCGCUGGCAAACAGCGAUGAUGCUCUUGCAAGAAGCAUCAGAUGCUGCCGUGCCGCCAGACGUUGUGGGCUUCAGUGCUGCCAUCAGUGCUUGCGGUGUGUGCUCGGAGUGGCAAUGGGGCUUGGAGUUGCUGCAUGACAUGGGAGCGAUCGCCUUCGACGCUGCGAUCAGCGCUUCUGCUCUGGGUGUCCAAUGGGAGUCGGGCCUGGCACUGCUGGCAUCAAUGGGAAGCCGUGAGAUCUGUCCGGACGAAGUUAGUUUCAAUGCCGCCAUGAGCUGCUGCGAACGCUCUGGCCGAUGGAUGGAGGCCAUUUCAUUGUUCGCUUUGAUCACAGAGCUUCAGCCACGCCCAGACGCCGUGUCCGUGGGCCUCGUUUGCAGCGCUGUUGCCGCAGCUCCCUGGCCACUGGCUUCGGCACUCUUGGGAGCCACCCUACAAUAUGGACCAGCGCGGAGCUGCAGGAGGGAGAGGCCGGAGGCGGCGGAGGCAGUUUUUGGAGGAGACCUGCUCGAGAGAGAGGUUCUGCCCACCGGCAUCAUGCUAGGCUCGCUGCUGCAGCCGAUUCGUCAGUCUCUCGGUUCUGAAGAAGCUGUCAAGGUCUUGGCCGGCGUGCGGAGCCUUUGGCUAAGUCAGAGCGAACAGCAGGAGGUGGAGGUGGUUGACAGCCGCGACAAGGACUGGCUCGGCGCUUGGCCUGGUAUCUGUGCUGUGGCGAAGCCAGGAGGUGUGUCAACUGAAGACACCUUGGCACGAUGGGCUUUACUGCUGGCGAUGCCGCUUGGAACGGUUUCCCGGCUUGACCUGCCCACAUCGGGCGUUCUUCCCUUUGCGCUCGGUGGUGAUGAUUCGCCCGCAGCGCACUGGCUCCGUGCCCAAUUCUCUGCAAGGCUUGUGAAGAAGGAGUAUUGGUGCCUUUGCAGUGGCAAGGCCAACGAGACCGGUGUCGUGACCAGCCCGCUUCGGGUGGUCCGCAGUGAGGGUUCCGUCUAUGCCGAGCCCUCUUCGCUGGGCCGUGCCGCCCGCACAGAGUAUCGAGUUCUGUCCUCCUUCCAAGCUGCGACGCUGUUUAGUGCCUCGGCGCCGUUCUCGCUGCUGGAGGCUCGGCCGCUGACUGGCCGCACCCACCAGAUCCGCGUGCACAUGGCAAGCAUAGGGCUCCCCAUUCUCGGAGACGAGGCUUAUGGACAGCCUGAACUGAACACCUUGUGCCCGCGGCUCUUCCUGCAUUGUCGGCGCCUGUGUCUCCUGGCGCUGGAUGGCCAGGAGCUGUGUUUGGAAGCCCCGCUGCCAGCAGACCUACGUGGUGUGCUGACUAGCCUGGAGACAGAGCUGGACAGUGGAAAAAAUCGUAACUUGUUUGGAUGGCUUUGCCGGGCCGCCAUCGACGGCAAGCUCUCACCUCUCGCAUCUGCCCCGCAACGUUUUCGCCAGUCGGCGAGGGCUUCCGCGCACGCUGCCGGCAGCGAUGGCCUCAGACUGCUGGCAGAUGUCAAAGGUUACAGCAACUUUCUUUCGGAUCCUUUUGGUGGCCCCCGUGGCUUGGGGAAUGCUUUGGAAGCCAGACACACUCCUCGAAGUUCCAGGUUCCCUUCGCUGAUCAACUGCGCCACUGUUGACUGGUACGAUCCGUGGCCCGAGGACGCACUGGUUUCUGUCGCAGAGAGGUACUACCUCCAGGCUCCCAAAGAGCUAGAACUGGAUGCCAGCAUCGCUGCGUUGUCGAAGAUCUCUUGUGCCCCUCGGCCUCGGCGAGAUUGGCGUGUUUUCCUCGGAAAAUUUUGGGAUCUUCCUGGACCAUAG